CCCAUUUCUUGCACUCUAACUAGAAAUAAAUAUCUUGAUCACCAUAAUACUCUCAAACACACCACAAAAAAAAUGGACAUACAAAGAGAGCAAGGAGCCAACUAUAAGCCUAAAAAACUCAAGAAUUUCAUGUCAGUUAAGUCACUUCUUGUUCUCAUAAACUGCAUCCUCAUUUCAGUUGGCCAAAUAUCAGGUGUAUUGCUUGUUAGAACUUACUUCUUGCAUGGUGGAAAAAGGAAAUGGCUGCAAUCUUUUUUGCUAACAGCAGGGUUUCCAAUCUUGAUUUUGCCAAUUUCAAUUUCUUAUGCAAAAAGAAAAAAUAUCAAUAGUAGAGUUUUUGUCACACCUAAAUUAGCAAUAGCUAGUGCUAUUUUAGGCCUCCUCCUUGGUGUUUGUAGCUACCUCUACACUUUUGGCAUGUCUUAUCUUCCCGUUUCAAUUUCUUCACUCUUGGCUUCAACUUCCCUAGCAUUCACCGCGAUUUUUGCGUAUUUUAUCGUGAAGCAUAAGUUCACGGAUUAUUCCAUUAACGCGGUGGUGUUGAUGAUGUUUGGGUCCGUUAUAUUAGGGUUACACAUGAAUGGAGAUCGUCCGAUAGGAGAAUCGAAUCGAAAAUAUACUUUAGGGUUUGUGAUGACACUUGGUGGUGCUGCUCUGCAUGGUUUUUUAAAUGCAGGAGUGGAGUAUAGUCAUCUUAAAGCUGGAGUUGUUGUAACGUCUGAUCUUGUCAUGCAAAUGCAAUUUCUUAUAUCCAUGUUCUCCACUUUGUUUUGUGUUGUUGCCAUGAUUAUCAACAAAGAUUUUCAGGCCAUCUCUAGAGAAGCUGAAGAAUUUGGAUUAGGGCAAAACAAGUACUAUAUUAUAUUAGCACUAUCAGCAAUAGCUCUACAAAUGAUGACGAUUGGAAGUCUUGGGUUGAUUUUCUGCUCCACAGCACUAUUGUCAGGGAUAGUAAAUGCACUUCUAGUUCCAGUACAACAAAUAUUUGCUGUCAUGUUCUUGCCUGAAAGCUUCAAUUCUGAAAAAUGGAUGGCUUUAGCUAUGUGCCUUUGGGGUUUUGCUUCUUAUUUCUAUGGUGAAUAUAAGGUCAGCCUGAAGAAGGUUACAAAAACCAAAGACGAUACCCCGCCGGACCAAGUUUGAGUAGCAGUAGUUGUUCAGUUUAUAUUCAGUAACGUAUGCAAAAUUUUAUGUAAGCAGCAUCAACCUACAAAUAGUAUAAUUCGUUUAGUAUAGGGGUUUAUGGGUUGAGUUUGUGGGUUUGUAAGACACAACUUCCUAUUUUAAAUUGAUGUUUACUUAGUACUAUUUUUCAAGCAACAUUAGCCUAUUGUGUA